GAAGUUGAACCAAGUGACACCAUUGAAAAUGUUAAAGCUAAAAUCCAAGAUAAGGAAGGUAUUCCACCAGAUCAACAACGUCUUAUCUUUGCCGGCAAACAACUUGAAGAUGGUCGCACACUCAGCGAUUACAAUAUUCAAAAGGAAAGUACACUCCAUCUUGUACUUCGACUUCGUGGUGGUGAUAUGUAA